CUUGACCGUUAUUAUCUUACCCUAUUUCCGUGACACUUUGUUUGGAUUCGUCUUUUUUUGAACUACCUGUUUGGAGUGCUUUCACUGAUUUUAGAUGAAGUCAUGAUUUCGAAAAGCAGAACUGAUUUUGAUGAUAUUUUAAAAGAAAUCGGUGAUUUUGGGAGUUACCAAAAGAAAUUAGUGGCAUUUUUUCUUAUACCAUUAGGUAUUGUGAUUCCUUGGAUUACAAUGAACAUUUUAUUCAUGGUUUUUACACCAAAUCAUUGGUGCAGUAUGACAGAUAACAAUUUCAAUGAUUCUCACCAUCAGUCAAUAGAUUCAAGAAAUGCAUCCAACUGUUACAUAAAAUAUUUAAAUGAUACCGAAGCAUUGAUGCCAGAUGAAGUACUGAAAAGUACUCUAAACGUACCUUGCAAAACAUGGCAUUAUGAAAACGUUUAUUUUGAAGAAACUGCUUCAAGCAAAUGGAACAUGGUUUGUGAUAGAGCUUAUUUGGCUAGUUUGGUGUUGACGCUAUCUUAUGCAGGAAGUACAAUAGGAACACCCAUCUAUGGCACUUUAUCUGAUAAAAUUGGUCGGAGGCCAGUAUUUUUCUUACUCGUAAUUCUGUCGACUAUUACGGGCGUCGCAUCAGUUUUUGUACCUGAUUUAACCACCUUUAUUGUUUUAAGAGCCAUCAAUGGGAGUUUAAUGCCCAGCAUUUAUCAGCUACCAUACAUCAUAGUUCUUGAAUUCGUUGGAUCAACAAAGCGUACGAACAUGAAUGGGAUUUUCAAUCUCGGUUAUACAGCCGGAUUGUGCACAUUACCUCUGAUUGCUUAUUUCAGUAGACACUGGAUUACAUUUGGAUUAGUCACAUCUCUUGUGUCAGUGCCUUUACUUUUGUAUUGGAAAUUUCUACCUGAAUCACCACGAUGGCUAGUUUCCCAAGAAAGAUACAACGAAGCUGCAGUUAUUUUAUCUGGAAUUGCUCGUGAGAAUGGUAAAAUAUAUGAUGAAAAGCAGCUAUUACCAAAAUUAAUGAAAAUUGCAGACAUUGAACAUAAGGAAAGAUUGGAAGCAAAUAAUUCUCCGGUAGACUUAGUUCGAUAUCCUAGCUUAAGAAGAAAGUUCUUAAUUAUCACCUUGUGUUGGAUUGCUGACAUUUUCGCUUAUUAUGGACUGAUUCUGAAUGUUUCUAACCUGUCUGGAAACUUCUUUCUCAAUUUCUUCUUAUCAUCAAUCAUUGAAGGACCCGGCCUUAUUUGUGGAUGGUAUUGCAUGGAAAAGUAUGGAAGACGGUGGAUUGUUGUUAUAGCUUUGUUACUUACAGCGAUUUCAUGCUUUUUUCUUGUCAUCCAAGUCGGAGAGCCUUCAUAUGCGCAAGUGAUUUCUCUCAUCGGUAAAUUUGGUGCAUCUGCAGCAUUUUUUGGAGUUUACCAACAGAGUUCAGAGCUCUAUCCGACAACAAUGCGAUUGAUCGGUAUGGGUGUCAGUGGUGCAAUAGCCAAUGCAGGAAAUAUUAUUUUACCGUUCAUUAUAUACUUGUCAGUGAUAAACCAGAGCAUUCCAUUUCUCAUAAUUGGAUCGAUUAACUUAAUGGCUGCCUUCGCUGCAAUUUUUCUACCUGAAACACUCAAUGAAACUCUACCUUUAACAAUAGAAGAUGCCGAACAGUUUGGAAAGGAACAGACAUUUAUCUCAUGCUGUCGGACGAAAACAUUUUCUGUGACAGAAAGAAAAUCUAAAAAAGAUAAUACAUCUUGAUAAUAAAUGUUUUUCCA